CCCUGGAUGCCAUUUGGACAUAUAUGUCCCUACACAAAACGCAGUUGCUGUGCCAGAGGGACAUAUAUGUCCUUCUGAAACAUCAUGUUAAAAGAAUUGAAAUAAAAUAUUUUUGGAUUAACCCAAGCCCAUAGCAAUUGCAACAUCGCAAAAAGCAGUAAAUUUCCAACACAUCUGUGUCAUUUUCACAACUCUACUGUCAAUAAAUAACGCAUAUGGAGUUAGUCAAAUUCCCCUUGUUUACACUUUCGUUCAAAUGUGCCGCCAUUGAAAUAUUUUUUCAUUUCGAACAAAUUGCACCGACUGAUUGAAAAUCCAUAUGCGAAGGAAUGUUUGAAACCUACAUAAAUAUUUUGGUUAAAAGAUUGAAAAUGGUCAAAUAUCUACGCAUCUAUGUAUUAAUUAGCUAAUGAAACCAACUAAAUGCCCAGUUUAUCGAUGGUGAAUGGAGUGUAUAUAUUUUUUUUACAGUAUUUGUUCAAGGCCUCGUUCAUCACAUUCAUAUCAAAGCGUAUUCAAAAACAUUCAUACAGUUAUACAUACCUACUGACAUCUUUUAAAAACAGUCUGUGUGAAAAUGUGCCACUUCUCAUAUUCAUACGUAUACUUAGAAAUUCCAUUCAUGCUUCCUAAGCCUCAAAUUCUGCAAAAACACAGAAAAGGUACCGCAACUUUUUAGCCGAAACUUAAAACAAAAUGGCGACCGAAGUUGAAGGUCGCUUAGCGGUACUUUUCAUGAGAGAAAAAAAGUCGAAAGCAUGUCUCCCAGAAGAAACGAAAACGCACAUGAUAAACGUUGACACACCCUUUUGGGUCUGUGUUGUUCAUGCUUUGUGACUGAUUAUAUGUAAGUCACGUUUUCGUAUGUUUAAUGAGGCGUGUCAAUUUAUUAAAAGACGUUGAAAAGUAGGUUGGUAGCAACGGCACAUAGGAUCUUAUGCAGUGUCGAAUAUAUUUAUAAUUUAUUGGUUAUAUAAGUAUAUAAACAAGAACUAUUUGAUGUUGAAGUAUGAACGUGUAAAUGUCAGUUAAAAUUACUUGAAUACCGGUCCCCGAUGAAUCUAUAUAUUUAUUAUUAGUUCGUUUGUCUAAAUAUAAAUAGCUAGCUCUUUGACAGUAGAAUUCAUUACUGAAUUAUUAAUAAUCUUUCGUUUAAUUUAAGUAUGUAAAUUUUGUAUUCAUGCGGUUUGUUAUUGUUAAAUACCUUAUUAUUAUUGCAAGACUAAGUUUUUUUAUUUCACGAAAACAAAUGAAGCUGUUACGGUUAUCGACAGUUUGGUUUCAAUCAUCCACCAUAACGGGGUUGGCAAGAGCGGCAAAUUUCCGAUUGUUCGUCUGGAACGAAAUACCGUGACCCGCGACCUUUGACAUGACACGUCACAGAGGUUACAGGUGCCCGAGUAAAACAAAACAAAGUUCGAUGUUGAAAUCACCAACAGUGUUAAAUAUGACAUCCAAUGUAAAUAUUUAUACAUUAUAUGCUUUAAUCUUUAUCUUCGUGCUUUGUUUAUCGAAUCAGCGCGUUGAACACAAAUCAAAUUUUAAGAAACGUUCGCCUCCCGCCGAGAGCAUGAAUAUUCAUAGGGAUAAAAAUAGCCCCAUGUGACAGACGACAACAUUGCGAUCGAAGCUGUCAACCAAGAAGGAAUGUCUGCAGUGGGAAUUGGCGACGACGAUGAUUUGGGGGAGUCGGACUUCGAGUCGGACAUAUCCGUCGAUUCUCUCGAUUCCGACUCCGAGUCCGACUCCCAGGAAGAGAUAAGCGAUAAUGAGGAAAACACGGAGACUGAAGAAGAGGCAGGGGCCAAACCAAUGGUCCGUGGCCCCUGGCUGCCCGUGCUGGACACGGACAGCUUUGACCUCGGCAACAGUAUUGACUUUGCCGAGGAGUGCGGCCCUGUCAACCCUCCAGAUUACCAUGCCCCUCCUAUAUGCUAUUUCAACCAGCAACUCAGAGGAGGGGAUGGAGGUGUUGAUUUGUUCGACCUGCUGGUCAGGGAGACAAACAGGUAUGCUGAGCAGUACCUGCAGGGCCGCACGCUAUCACCGCAGAGCAGGGCUCGGGCGUGGAGACCCGUUGACCGGGAAGAAAUGCGGGCAUUUCUUGGACUCUUGUUGGCCAUGGGUGUCGUCAGGAUGCCAACCAUCGCUUCCUACUGGAAUGAGGGGGACAAGAACUGGCUGGCAUCAACACCUUCCUUCGGGGGGAUCAUGCCGAGGAAUCGCUUCCAAGUCAUCAUGCGGUUCCUCCACUGCAACGACAACUCUGUUGCAGUGCCCCGAGGGCAGCCAGAUCAUGACCCCCUCCACAAGAUCAGGCCGGUUCUUGAUCUUGUGAAUGGAUCAUUCGCAAACUCUCAUGGGCUGGCCCAGAGUGUUUGCGUUGAUGAAAGGAUGGUUGGCUUCAAAGGGCGACAUCACCUUGUACAAUACAUGGCCAACAAGAAAGCACACAGAUGGGGGGUGAAGUUGUGGAUCCUUGCCGAGGCGGGUACUGGCUACACCCAUCAAGUUCGUAUCUACAAGGGCCGGAACCUUGGAGGACCACCGCCCAAGGAAGGUCUUGGGCAUAGUGUGGUCAUGGACUUGAUGGAACCGCAUCUCGACAAGGGCCACCACAUCAUCUGCGACAACUACUUCAGCAGUCCGUCUCUCUGCCAUGCUCUAUUUGACAGGGGGACAUUCUGCACAGGAGUUGUCGCCGUCCGGAGGAAGGGAAUGCCGAGCUCUUUCGUUGGGAAAAGACCACCUAGGGGCUCGACAAUUGUGAGAAGACAGGGUCCACUGCUGGCAGUGCUCUUUUCAGACAGGAAGGUCUUCACAAUCCUUUCUACCAUGGGUAGUCCAAGAAUGGAGGAUGGGCUUAACUCACGGGGCCGGUCUGUCACUCUCCCCUCAGUCGUUAGACUGUACAACACCCUAAUGGGGGGAGUUGACCUUGGGGAUCAACUCAUUGGUGUCUAUGAUCCCCAAGUCCGCUCCGUGAAGCUGUGGAAGAAAGUUUUAAUCAACUUUCUUCUCACAGCAUCAGUUAAUGCCUAUCAGACAUUCUUGAACACCCAUGGUAGAACGACCUCCCGUCUGGACUUCCACAUGUCCCUUCUCCACUCACUCGUCGGGAACACUCAGGUGAAGAGGAGGACUGGCAGGCCCAGGACCCAGCCUCCUUCCCGACGACUGACUGGAUGUCACUUCAUAGAAGUGCUGCCUGAAGGGAAGAGGAAACAGUGUGUUCUCUGCAGAAAGAGACAGAGGGCCAUCGAUGGCUCUGCAGGAAAGGUCAGGACCUGGUGUCCUGACUGCCACGUUGGCCUCUGUGCACGCUGUUUCCGUCAGUAUCACACAGCUGAUCACAUUGAAGAGUGAAAGGCUGUGUGUACUGGCAUAUGAUGGAACAUGACUCAUGUUCCAUCAUAUCAACCCUUCAAGCAGUUUCCCCAUCUGUGUGCUUCAUUGUAAAUAACUAGUGAGUGAGUAGGACUUACGCCGCACUUGCAAUAUUCCAGCAACAUCGCAGCGAAUCUUUGUAAAUAGAUGAUAAAUAUAUUGUAUAUAUGUACUUAUUGUAAAUAUUUCAUGUGUGUGUAUAUAUAUUAAAGGAUGUUUUUGUGAGAGAGUAUGACCUAACGCCGUAUUUGCAAUAUAACAGCAACAUCAUGGCGAUUUUAUUGUAAAUAGAUCAUUGUCUAUUGUAUAUGAUUAUGUACUUAUUGUAAAGAAGUGAGUUUGUUUUAUGCCUCUUUUAGCAAUAUUCCCGCAAAAAUAUGGCAGUUUAAUGUACUUAUGUUCAUAUUAUGUUCUCUAUUUAUUGUACAUGUAAUUAUUGUGUGUAUCAUGUGUAUGUAAGGAUCUGUUUAUGAGUAGGACUUCCCACUGCAUCUGCAAUAUUCCAGCAACAUUGCAGCGAAUCUUUGUAAAUAGAUGAUAAAUAUAUUGUAUAUAUGUACUUAUUGUAAAUAUUUCAUAUGUGUGUAUAUAUAUUAAAGGAUGUUUUUGUGAGAGAGUAUGACCUAACGCCGUAUUUGCAAUAUAACAGCAACAUCAUGGCGAUUUUAUUGUAAAUAGAUCAUUGUCUAUUGUAUAUGAUUAUGUACUUAUUGUAAAGAAGUGAGUUUGUUUUAUGCCUCUUUUAGCAAUAUUCCCGCAAAAAUAUGGCAGUUUAAUGUACUUAUGUUCAUAUUAUGUUCUCUAUUUAUUGUACAUGUAAUUAUUGUGUGUAUGUAAGGAUCUGUUUGUGAGUAGGACUUCCCACUGCAUCUGCAAUAUUCCAGCAACAUCGCAGCGAAUCUUUGUAAAUAGAUUGUAUAUAUUGUAUAUUGGUACUUACUGUAAAUACUCUAUUUGUAUAUUUCAGGAUAUAUCUGUGAGAGUAUGACUCCAUGCUGUAUUUGCAAUAUAGCAGCAACAUCACAGCGAUUAAUUGUAAAUAGAUUAAAUUCUAUUAAUGAUAUAUAUUAUAUAUAUUUACUGUAAAUAGAAAAUGGAUUUGUGUAUAUAUAUAAAAGGACAUGUUGGUGCGUGAGUAUGAUUCAACGCCACAUUUACAAUAUUCCAGUUAAUUCGUGGCGAUUCAUUGUAUAUGGAUUAUUGAUCUUUUGUUCACAAUUAUGUACUUCAUGUAAAUAGAGUGAGUAUGAUUCAUGCCGCUUUCAGCAGUAUUCCAGCUAAGAUGCAGCCUUUUUUUAAAACUUUAUUGUACAAAGUUUAUAUAUUAUUCACAUGUAAAUACUGUCAAUAAAUAUGUAUAGAUUGAGAGAUUUGUACAUUUGUCUUAUAUAUCUCA